GGAGGUCACUACAUCAGCUAUUGCCCGAUAUGUCCUCCUCGCCCUAAACAUAGCCAUGUGGAGACUCUGUGUCACCAUCCUACAAGUCCAUCAUGGCCCCUUUUUUGUUCAACUCUGCAUGCUACUGGACCGCAAAGACCACCUAACCAGACCAAUGGGACCAUCACAGCCCUGGCUAACCCUGUUCCAGAGCCUCAAAAGGAAGCUGCUGUGGCUACCUCAGCUUCUGUCUCCCCUAAAGUUUCCUGCUCUAACACAGAGGAUCUGUCCCCAGACAGUGUAAUUGCCUCCAAUGGAACCGUGGUCUGUAGGCAAGAUCUAAAGGUCUUUGAGCAGGCUCUUAAGGCCAGAGCUGCAUCCCCUUCUCGCCUCCACUGUCUUCUCAAAGAAUAA